AUGGCCACAGAAACAGAACUAUCACUUUUCUCCAACGAUUUAAUCUCAGAGGAAUGUCAAAAUUCAUUACCUGAAGGCUACAAAUUCCGUGCUCUUCAACGAUCUGAUUUUCAUCAUGGUUAUUUGGGUGUUUUGCGGGAUCUUGCAUAUGUUGGACCCAUUACAGAAGAACAGUGGGAGGAACGUUUUGAUGCAAUGAAGAAGUGUGAGGAUACUUAUUAUGUGUUGGUGAUUGUGAAGGAGGGUGGUGAUGAAGAGGUUAUUAUGGGAACGGGCACACUUGUCGUGGAGAUGAAAUUCCUUGGAAAUCUGGGUUUACAGGGUCAUGUAGAAGAUGUGUGUAUUUCUGCAGAUCAUCAAGGACAGCAAUUUGGCACGAAACUUAUUAAGGCGUUGGAUCAUAUUGCAGCUGAAAGAGGUUGUUACAAGAGUAUACUUGAUUGCGGUGAAAAGAAGAGGGCUUUUUACGAAAAGUGUGGCUAUGAAGGAAGAGGUUACGAAAUGCAUCAUUAUCACGACCUUGAAUCAGAGGCUGCAUUGAAUGGAGUUUGA